AGCUUAAACAGAAAGUAGAAAACCUAAGAUCUGAUAAAAUGAUUUAUAAAAACAAUGUAAAAUGGAUUUUAAGAAGCAUCGGAAAUCAUACUAUCGCCCAUUCAGUCGUCAUUGGGGAUGGUAAUGUUCUUGUAGACAACGGUGAAGGAAAUCACGAAGACAUGAAGGAAAUAAUGGCCAAACAUAUUAAGAAGGUCACCUGUGAACAUGCCUCCAUUUCAAAGGAGUUGGCGACGUUGAAGAAUAUUAUCCAAAUAUCUUCAACGAGUCUUCACCUUAUGAGUAAGAAAAGCGACAAAAAACUCGAGUCAGUACUGGAAUUACUGGAGAUGACACUGCAGUCUGAUUAUGAUUUUGCCAUUAAAAUCGAUAGAGCUCUUGUGGGGAUACAGAAAUGGUCUGAGGACAGCAAGCGCACUUUACAUGAUAUGUACAAGGCAACAAGCCACCAAGCCCCAAAGGAAGCUCUCUCUACGAUACAGUUUGUCGCAUCAAAAUGUGUGGGUGUCCAUUCACGUGAAACGUUAAAAAAGCUAUUAGACAUUGAUCGUCAUGCCAUGGAAGAUGAUCCAACUGACCAAAACAUGUGCUUCCGAGGAUUGAUAUUUUGGAGACAAAAAGACCCAGAGAAUCACAACGCCAAACAGCUUCAGAAAUUGUUAAAGGAUUUGGACAAGAUCACACUAGAAGAUAGGGAGCAAGUAUCAGAAUCUGUGCUGAAGUUGAACAAUGCUGAUCUGAACAUGAUGAAUGGAGUAGGGGAACCGAUUUUCAUCAGAAUGUACAGGAAUGUUGAGGAAACCCUGGCUCAUGUUACCAGCAUCUCACAAAAACUGGCUACUAUAGAACAACGCGAGAUUUUAGACAUGAUCCGUCUAGAGACCAAUCAUACGCCGAGGUGCGCAGACGUGUCCGAUCGCUGUCAGUCGGCCCAUCAAACCUAG